GACAGAAUGGUAUCAUUUUUUAACUUUCUGAAGGGAUUUCCAGUCCAGGGUGAAUUGGCAAAAUUUGCAACCGACGACUGGAACAAAUAUUUUGAACGAGAAAUGGAAGAGCCGUAUCCUUCGGCCAUGAGAAAAGGAGAGUCAUAUUUGGAUCACGUUCUGAGCUGGCUGCCGCAUUUAGAAAACAACAAAAACGCAAUAUUGAUCGUGUAUGAAGAAAUGAUUAAGAAUCCCUUCGAAAAAACAAAAGAGCUGUCAGAAUUUCUAGGAGUAAAACUAUCAGAUGACGAAAUAAAUAAAAUUGUCGAAAAUUGCUCAAUUAAUAAUAUGAAGAAAUCGGAUAUGGAAUCAAAAUCAGAAGAUGGAAUGAUUCGCAAUACAAUUAAACUAUGCAUGACAGGAACUAUAGGUAAAUGGAAAAACUAUUUUACUGCGGAACAAUCUGCUGAAAUAGACAGACAAGUGGAGGAAAAGUUGAAAGGAACAAGAAUCAAAUUUAUAUAUGAAUAACUUUCAAUUACGGAAUUUUGUCCUAAUUGAGUUAUUUCUUGUACAUUCCUAGCGUACUUAAAGCACUUUUGGGAGCUGGAAUUAAUGCAUCACAAGCAUAAUUGCUCUUGGCAAUUGCUGAGAUUUUGAAUCUUUUCAAAACGAAAAUGUACUUUUAUCGUUUAUUUUUUCACAUAUUCAAAUAUAUAGUUGUGAGAAAAAAAAUAUCCUGAAAAAUCUUAUCUCAUCAAUAAUAUUUAUAUAAUUAUAUGGAAUAUUUUCUGCUUGUCAAACGCAUGCAUUUGUAAUAAAGGUUAAUUCAAAUAUGUUGAUAGAGUGUA